UAUAUAACAUUUUAGCAGGUAACAUAUUAAAUCGUUUUUUAAAUCCAAAUUGCACAUUUUUUUUUAAAUAUACAUUUGGAAAGAAAAUAAUUAACAGACUUAAAAAUGACUAAGCAACCACAAGGAGAAGACAAGAAAGUUACAGAAAUGGGUUUUACGCCAACUCCACGACCCGGUGGUUUUUUGAAGAUCAAAUUAGAUGUAAAAGAAAAAAAGAAUAAAGUACUUCAAUUUGAUCAAUAUCAAAAUAUCAUAAGUCGAGUAGAGGAUAUGGAGAAGAAUAAAUUUAGAACUGAAAAGACUGUUGUUAAAAACCCAGUGCCACCAACGAUAACACCAAUAAGAAAUUUAAAUUUGCCAAAAAUUUCUCAGGAAUCUUUGUUUGACAAAUGUCUAAUUGAGAAUGAAGAUAAUGGUGAAAUGCAAAACGAGUACGAAAAAUGGUUGGACGAAACUGCUCCAGCUAAUGAUACCAAUCUCAUGGAUAAUCUUGAAGAAGCGAUAAAUUUUAUAGUACUUUUAGCAUCCAAGCCAGAGGCCGACUCCAGCGAUUUUGAUGAAAUGCAAGCUAUUUCAGUAGUACAGUUUUUACGUACUAUUAAAACACCUAAUGGUGUAUAUGAGCCCAACAAUAUCCGAUUGAUGGAGUACAUUGACAAAAAAGGCGAAGAAUUUCAUAAACAAUAA